CCGAGCUUCCGACCUGACGUGUGUUGCUGUAAACAUUGUGAAGAUUUCCUCUCCCAGCGCCGGAUAUAAAUCUGAAAUAUGGCAGCAGAUGACCAACAAUUUUGUUUGCGAUGGAACGAGUUCCAAAGCAAUAUGGUGUCUUCCUUUAAGCACCUACGGGAAGAAAAGAGUUUUACUGAUGUAACGUUGGCAUGUGAUGGACAAACUUGCAAAGCACACAAGAUGGUGUUAUCUGCUUGUUCGCCAUAUUUCAAAGCUCUGCUUGAGGAAAACCCGUCCAAACAUCCAAUAAUCAUCUUGAAGGAUGUUCCAUUCAGUCACCUGCAGGCCAUCUUGGAAUAUAUGUAUGCUGGUGAGGUGAAUGUGUCUCAGGCUGAUCUCCCAGCUUUCCUCAAGACAGCAGAGAGACUUAAAGUGAAAGGUCUCGCCGAAGUCAACCAGAACGAACGACAAGAUCGCUGAGACACCGCCCAGGUCAUGGGAGGCUUGGGAAACGGGUUACCGGAGAAGCCAAAGCCAUCACUUCUGUCUUCUCAAGCCCACUGUUGUCCACUUCCCUCCAAGCUCCUCUGUCCUUCCAACAGUCACCCGGGACACCUGGACACCUGCUUCUCUAGCCUCUCUGGCCAGACAUGUGAUUCCAUAACACAUAAAGAGCCUUAGACUAUCAGUGGGGCUCACUUUCUUUGAGUGACACUAUCUUGUAUUUUGGACCUCAAGAUAGAUAUUUAAUAGAGCAUAUAAUUUUUGUUGUUGUGAAUAGGGAGUUUUCCUAUUGAAUCCCCGUCUUGGGUUCACAAAUUCAGGAUUGUGUCACCGGGUCAUGCAAUAUUUGAGAUCAACAUGUAAAGUAAGGUACACCAGUAAGUUCUUAUUUCUAUUGUCUAAUGUGGAGACUGUUCUGCAGGCAACUUGGAGUGAAUUGUGAGGCAGAUCAUUUUACAUAAGGAUUAUCAUUUCAGCAACUAGUGUACUAUAUAUAUAUAUGGAAAAAAAAUAAUUGUUUUCUUUUAUUUCCAUUAUCAUAUUUACCUUUUUUUUUCUUUUGAAACUUUUAUUUUAUGUGGAAUUGUAAUUGCUUUUAUGUCUUGACUGAAGCUUUCUGUUUACUGGUUAUGCUUACUUUCCAGAAACGAUCUCAAAUUGCAAGUACAGAAAUUGGUCCUUUUAUCAGCACUGUGAUUGUUGGACUAUGUAGGUGGCUCAGUAAUCAGACAUCAUAUACAUAUUUGGUGUUAUUAAGUUUCUGUAUCUUACUUACCUUUCACACUAUAAUUUAUGAUAAGAAUAUCUCUUUUGACACAUAAGGAUAAUAUCCCCAAUGAUCACUUGACAAGUUCCUUCCGUAGGAGGCUAUUUAAUUGUAUCCACCAUUUUGUUUUUCAAUAGUUUUUUUCUGUAUAAAGGCUUUACUGUAGCCUGUAUUACUUUCUCAGACAUUCCUUUUCAUGUUAGGCAUCCUAUAUCUAUUGGAUACUUUUUUAAAAAACUAAAAUCAGUAUUUUAGGAGAUGUUUAAGAAUAAAAAAAUCAUGAAAUUUUUUACUUCCUGUCAAUUCAAAAAAUUAAGAUAUCAGAUGUCAUUACAGUAGGGCAGUGCCUAAGUACUUUGAUAAAUUUUUGAAUAUGGAAUUACCCCCCUAACUAUAUGGGCUAAGGAUGAAUAAGAAUUUAUUAAGGAAGAGCUUUCAGUAAUUUAUGUAAGAUGCUAGCUCCACACAAGCCCCGAGAAACAGCAGGGAAGCUAAUGCUCAAGACAUAUCUAUUAACAUUUUUACCAUUGAAAAGCAAUUUUUUUUUUUCUAAGUUUAGUUUAAUAAAUAUUAUCAGUGAAUUAUUGCUUUACUUUAGGAAUAGCACUCACUGCUCAAGGUUAAAAAUAAACUCUAGGGGAUACUAGUUCAUUUUACUUUAUUUUGAGCAGUGCGUAAACUCACAAGUUUCUGGCAACUAGAGGUAUCCCAACAGUUUCACCAGGAAACAAGACAGGAUUGAUUUGGUUAAAGAAACAUGGCCCUUUCUCAUUAGGUUAAAAGAUAAUAGUGGAUUGAUGAAAAAGGAAAAGUAUAUAUAUAUAUAUUUAUGUAUGUAUGUAAACCCUUCCAUAUAGAGAACAAAAUGUCACCCUCUUCCUCCCAUGAACCCUCUUAUGAGGUCAUAGAACUUUGUUUCUGACUGAUGCUUGGCCAUUUGGCAUGUCUUGGGUAAAUUCUAAACGUAAAAAGAACCAUUGUUUAGUGCAUGGAAUGUAAAUAAAUUUCAUGGGGAUAUGUGUAGUAACACAUCUCUUCCAAGAGAUCCCACUAUCUUCAGUUAGCAUGCCUGUUGUAAGGGUCUUGGAGACUUCCAUCACAGUUUACUACAACCAAAACAUUAUAUAUAAAAGACAUUUUGGAUAUGCUCCCAAGUUCCUGAAGAUUAUGCUUUACACAGCAGAUUGAAGACAGCCAGACAUCACUCAGAAGGAACCCAAAAUACCCCAGUGUGUCCUUCACACAACAAAGAAAAAAGACAUAAUAAAGGAGGAGUAACAAACACAUUAAAUAUAAUAGAUCAUGAGUUGCCAGUUCCAUGAGUAUCCACUGCUUUUUUGUGAUAAAAUGUAGUCUGUUUGUUUUUUCUCUAUGCUCAAAGAUUUACAGGUCUAUUCAUUUCUACAGGUUUCAAUAUCUAUAACAUUGAAAAAUUAAAAAUUAAUUUGAUUUUUUGAAGGGAUGGUCAGUCUCCAGUUCUGAUGUGUGCGUAAAGUAUAUGGUUCUCAUGUAAGAAGUUGGGUAAUUCACUGGUUUUAAUAUUUGAGAUUUCUUUUCCCUUUGGCAGCAAGGGGGGAAAUGUUCAUCAGUGCAAACUACUGAAUUAUCUACUUUCCCAGUGUGACCAACAAAGCCCCUUUUCCCUUUACUGUGAGUUUUGGGAUAUUGUUAUACAAAGGGUGAGAGUGAGCAAUGUCUACAGUUACUGAUAGAUCAGCUUUUGUGAAUUAUUUAUACAAUUGCACUCAUUCAGCAAAGCUCAAGUUGUCAUAUGUUUUCUAUUGGAAAAUUGGGCUUUUUGAAGCUGUGUGUUCCAAGUUGGCAAUUGCUGAUCUAGAAUUUUAUAAGGGUAAAUCCAGAAGGAUUAAUUAUAAUGAGUCAGACCGAUGUUGGAGCUCAAGUCAGCACCCCUUCCCUCUUCCCCCCUUCACCAUUUAGUUGCUCCAACACCGGGCCUGCUCAAAAUUGGUUCCUUUUUGGAUCACCCUCUGUCUCACUGCUGGCACCCGUCCCACCUUGGCCAUCCAGGCAUACAAAUGUAGAACACCAGAAGACACUGAGAACCUGAAUUUAUCUAUAUGAAUAAAAAAUUGAAUGUAUGAAGUUUUUGAACCAAUAAUUUGAAUGUACCAAACUAUUGAACCUCCUUUUGCACCUUCAAAAUUUCUCACACAUGACACAAAUCUUACCUGAGACCUGGGUGAAAAAAGACUUGACAGUACAGCAGUUUACAAUGUGGUAUUACCACUCCAAAGGUUAGCACUGUCUUCUGUUUGUGGUCUUAAACUUCACAUCCAGGUGCCCUCAUCACAGGUUAGUAUACGCAGGGGUGUAGCUUUGUAUCUAGAGUAGCAUGGAGCAGUUUUGUACAAGAACUCAAAAUAAGUUUUUAAUAAAACUGACGGAAGUCUUUUAUUAACCAUUUGUAAUUUAUAUAGAUAUAUUUUUUGGUCCUUUUUAGAUCAAGUUAAUAAAUAAUUAGAAUGAG